AUGCCUAAGUACGCGAAGUUCUUGAAAGAUCUCCUUAGGAACAAAGAGAAGUUAGGAGAGUUGUCUAACAUCCCAUUGAAUGGGGGAUGUUCCGCCGUGGUGUUAAAUAAGCUUCCCGAAAAGCUUACCGAUCCCGGUAUUUUUACCAUUCCUUGUCUAUUCGGUAGCAACACCAACACUAGAGCUUUGGCCGAUUUAGGUGCUAGAAUCAACUUGAUGCCCUUUUCUCUUUAUGAGAAGCUAGACCUAGGAGAGCUUGCACCUACCCGAAUGACAUUGUCCCUAGCCGAUCGGUCCGUUAAAUACCCUAGGGGGUAUAGUUGA